AUGCUGUCUGGGGAUCCAUGCCAGGAGGGCUGAUACUUGCAGGGGAUACAUGUGCGCCUGUGUCUGUGGCUGUUUUUUUACCCUUUGUCAUAAAAGUGUGCGUGUAUGUGUGGCUAGGGAGGAGGAGGAGGAGGAGGAGGAGAAAGGUGUGCGUGUGUGUGUUGGAGGGGGGGAACAUUGAAAAAUAGACUGCAGAUGGUGGCUGCAGACGUAUCUGACAAAGGGGGGACGGAUUCAAAGCUUUCUACCUUUACACCAGGAGAGGAAGAGGAGGUCGAAUAGUUGACGGGAAAAAAAAAACUUCAAGUCGCAGUGAUGCCUGAUGUGCUGCGAUUCGGUCACAAUAUUGGAGGAAUGCGCUUUUGUCGCUCGCAGGGGGUGGAGUUAGAAAGUGAACGAGUGCUGCCUACCAAACAGAGAGAGGAGGAGAAAGAGGAGAGGAAGAGAGAGGAGAGAGACGGGUGGGCAGGCUGCUCACCGUAAGCGAUGGUCCUCGGAUAGAGUCUUGGAAGACCUCAUGAAGCUGGCUGGUUGAAUUGUUGCAGCGAUUAUUGAUCCCGGCGUGCUAAACAUCCCUCGGACCUUUUAAAGGAAAAAAACUGCAGCAGCACGCAUUUCAGGAACUGUUGAAAAACGAGAGGACUUGCUUUAUAUUCACUAUUUUUUUUUUCUACUAUUAAUUUACUUUCAUUGAGGCUGUUCAAGCCAAUAGAGAGCAACUCUUUCCCAACGGAGAGGACCCUUUCAUGCCCGGUGGGAGACCGACCCCCUUCUUGGACCCGAUACCGGCCCCCUGCACUCCUCUGGCGGGCUUACGCGCAGCAGUUCCCGGCAUUUGCUGGGAUGUUUGAGUCGCGUUGCUUGGUGGGGUGAAGGGACCGAGAGAGUGGCCGGAAAGAGAGAGACCCCGAGGGACGGAGGGCCGAGAAAGGAGUCGGGAGCAUGGCUCUGGUGGUGCUGUCUCUCUGGGCGCUAACGAGUCUCACCUGGGCGGACCUGAGCCAGGUGUCAGCCAACAGGCAUUCCGUGUACUGGAACAGCUCCAACAUACAUCUGCGCAGGGAGGGCUACACGAUGCAGGUGAACGUCAACGACUACCUUGACAUCUACUGCCCUCAUUACAAUGACAGCCAGCGCAUGGUGGGCACCGGUGAGCAGUACGUCCUCUACAUGGUCAGCUACCGCGGGUACAGGAACUGCGACCCUCAGCUCGGCUUCAAGAGGUGGGAGUGUAACCGUCCGCACGCCCCACACGCGCCCAUCAAGUUCUCGGAGAAGUUCCAGCGAUACAGCGCCUUCUCGCUGGGCUACGAGUUCCAUGUUGGACAGGAGUACUACUACAUCUCUACACCCACCCAUCAUCACGGCCGCAGCUGUCUGAGGCUACGAGUUUACGUCUGCUGCUCCACGGCCUCUGAUGUGGAUGAUGAGCCAGAGCCUACAGAACCAGACUACACGCUUAGACCAGGCCUGAAAAUUGAUGAUAUUGAUGAAUAUAACCCUUUUGUUCCUAAGCUGGAGAAGAGUGUCAGUGGAAGCAGCCCGUCCAGGGAUCGCCUUCUCCUCACCGUGACGAUGCUCCUUCUGGCCGCUCUCUUCAUCUCCUAGCAACGGCCAUCCCAUCGGCAUCACCAUGCCAACUAGCCUUGGGAAGGUGUGCAGUAUAGGAGGGUGGGAGAGUGAGGGGGUAUCUGGAGGAGAGGAGAGCUCCAGAUACCAAAACAUGGAGUGGAAGUCAAGAGGAGCGAGAAAUGAGAGUUUUUAGGCAUCGCAGUAUGAAUGUGAGUUUGCGUGUGUCUGUGUGUGUUUGAAAGGAUGUGGGUUUGGUGGGGUUCAGAGACCUCCAGGCACUGGGUGAAACAGGAUGAACUUUUGUUCAUCAACAGUCAGCCAGUACACACAGAUGCAGGUGUGGUAGUCUGUGUGUGAGUGUGUCUGUGUCUGUGUUUGUGUGUCUGAACAGGCCACAGGCUGAGCAUGUUGGAUCAUGCUCACCUCAUAAAGCAUUUCUAAAACAGGAGAGGCGGGCUGAAGUCCUUAUUAAAAGAAGAAGAAAAAAAGCAUCAAAUCGUCCCACCCUGUUGAAAAUCAUUUGAGGACUUUCCCCUGGAUCUGAUUGGCUGAAACACUUCCUUAGGGCUAGUUGCCAUAGUUUCUAUUUGCAACAAGACAGAAACUGAACUCAAAUGAACUGAAUCAAAUAGAUUUCAGAAGAACUGAACUUUAAAUUGCCUUUUUUGUUGUCAAUAUUGUCGAUCUUGAUGCUGGGAACUUGUCCUGAUCCAUGGAGGAGAAAAAAAAAGGUACCAGCUCAAGAUCUGCGCUGGUCCUGUGUAGGAGACUAGUCAAAGUAGCUUAUAGUUCAAAAACACAACCUGGAACUGCAACACAACUGUUUUAGUUGUCAUCCUGUUUUCAACAACACUUCUGUGAUGAAGGUAACCAGGCUGGACGGGGUCAGAGGCAAAAUACAGAGCAUUUAAACCAUGAUUCAUUCACUUUAACAUACAAUGUAUCAGGGGAAGAAGGGGAGGAUUUUAUUGUAGAUGUGCCAUUGACAGAGACACUGUAAGGGUUUGUUGAUGUUAUAAGUUGCUGUGUUACUUUUCUGUCCUGUACUGGGUUAGUCCUCUGUCAUCUCCGAGGUUAACAAAGCACACAACGGCUACGGAGCAGCCAUGGAUACACCCAGCAGUACUGUCCGUGUGAAGAAGAAGGAAAUACAGAAAGAGACAGGAGGGAGGAGAGUCACUCACACAAAGCAUCAACGUUAAAGUCCAGGACAAUAACAAGCUCAAAUAUCAUUUAUCAGACGCCACAUGGUAACUUUUUCUGUUUCUGUACAAGUGUGUGCUUGCAGGGCAAAACAUAAGUCUGAGUGAGUCAGGUGUGUGCGUGUGCGUGUGUCUGUGUGCGUGUGUGUGUUUGAGAGACAGAGACUAUUUUAAAUGUUACUAACAGCCUGAAAUACAUCCACAUACUGUACAUCCUCUAAGUAUGAAAAUGCAAAAUAAAAAAAAGAAUCAAAACUCAACUAAAGCAACAAAGUAAUAGAUACAAACCAAGUGCUUUGGUGGGGAGGUCCGGCAAUCCCAAACUCCAACAACUGUACCAGUGGUUGCAUCAGAACAGCGUUUCCAUAGCAACUAGCAUCUUAUUCACCAUGGUUACCCCACCUUGCUAGCGAUGGACUGUAGUCAGGCAUGGCUUACUGUAGUAGCUGAUAACAAUGAUGAUGAUGAAGGUGUCGGUGAUAGGGGUCACGUUGAAAAUGAAGAUGAGGAUGAUGAUGGACUGCAACCAGCUCACGCUGCCGAUCACCCACCGGCAUGUGAGGCGUUCAAGUGUUCAUGUAAAUGUCAGUAGCGGACAAAGAAUGGAUUCCCAAUGUGUUGACAUUUGCCAAGGUGGAAUGUGUUGUAAGCAUUUUUACAAACUUGAAGCUCAGUUUCUUUGUGGUUGUAUUUUUUUACUGUCUUUUUUUCUUUUUAGUUUGCCAUGGUGUAUUUGUGCUCAGCUAAGGGGAGGGUUGGGGGAUAUGGGUUUAAAAGUACUGGGUGGGUUGAGCCAUAUGUAAACUUGGGCUUCACUCUGGGUAUCUCAGAAAAAUGUGUAUGAUCAGUUUCAAGGUUUGGUUAUCUCUUGAAUGUUUAAGACCAACAUAACAUAUAUUCAUAUAUCUGUGGUUCUCAAUCUUUCCGGCUUGUGACCCCAUAAAAAGACGCUCUCCCAAAUAUACACAUAAGAACCAGUUUACUCAUUCUGUGGAGCUUUACUGCUUAGCUAUUGAAACAGUUGUAAUGUCUUCUUGAGAAAGCUUUUGCAUUAAUUUCAAACAACCCUGAUGAUGUGAUGAAGGUUAGCAUGGAUUAGACUUUUGCCUCAAAAAUCUGAACCAAAACAUUCAAUUAAAAAAAACAUGUCCAUGUAGGGAUGGAUGUGACAUGCUUUCAUUGUGCCUAUGUUUGAUCAAGUGUUUCUGGAGCACCAACUAAUUACAAGUUUGAGAAAAAAAUUGUAAAUUUUAUCUUUCAGUCUAAGUUAGGAAACUGUUGCUAAUGUUCUAUGUGUCUCUGGAGCGUAGCUUGAAAUUGGAGCAGCUAAAAAUCUGCUCUUCUUCUAGCCAUCGGUACCGUCAUCAGCUCCCCAAGCAGGGUCUGCUUUCUUGAUUAGUAUAGCACACACGGAGGUGUUUAUUGCUUCAGUAGAUGUCAUUUACAACCAGCAAUGAUUGAACAUCCAAAUAAAACUUGUGAAACUGGGGCGCUGGUUUAGCUCUGGUGGUAAACCCUGCGCCCCAUAUACAGAGGCUACAGUCCUUGAAGCAGACGGCCUGGGCUUGAUUCUGCAGCUCUUUACCGCAUGUUGGUUCCUAACCUAUCUCCCCAGUUUUCUACUCUAUUCACUGUCUGGUCUCUAAAGCUGGGUAUAAAAAGUCUCUAAAGGUAAAAUUAAAACCCCCAAAAACUUUGAAAGUGCCUAAUUUUUCUUAUCAGGUAAAUGAUCCAGUAUUCUCAGGAGUACCUGAAAAUAAUUGAAGCCAGUUUUGUGUGGUAGUUUGGGUUUUUGCUCAGUCAAGGUGUGACAUCAGUUUGGGUUGCAACCUCUUUUGUUGGUCAGAUUGGGAACCACAAAUAUAUGACUUAAUUCUAUUGAAGGUAUUUUGGUAAUGUGUUUUUGUUUUGUUUUUUCAAAAAGUGUGUAUCAGAGUAUUUUCUCAACAGAUACAAGAGUUUAUGUCUAUGGAAUCCAACAAGAGAUCUAUUGUUUUGCAGCAUUGUGUGUUACACUAUGAUACAGUGUGUGAAAAAAAACCCAGGUGUAUAUGUGGCUCUUGAGGGGAGGGCGAGGACGGAGGGGGUUAAGAGCUGUGCGCGAGGGAAAAUCACUCUUCAAGAAGUUGCACUUAUGAACUUAGACACGAGAGCAAGAGAGUGUGUGUGUGCGCGUGUCAUCUGAUUGUGUGUGUGUUUGUGUAAGGGAGAGGAUGAAUCAGAGCUCAUAUCUGUUAAUCACUUCAUGUCUGUGUGCAGGAGUUUUAGCAUGAGAUGCUGUCUCUGUGUGUGUGUGCUGGUGUCAGUGUGUCAAUGUGUGAGCAACUCUUACUGGAUGUGUGUGUGUGAGAGAGAGAGAGAGAGAGAGAGAGAGGGUGUGAAUGCGUGUUGUCUGGCAAAACAAAAGAAGCAUUUAUUAGUGUUGGAAACAACGAUUACAAUCAUGUUUACCUUCGACUGGAAUGACUUUAAAUGAACUUGAAAAUAAACUGUAAACUGAACAAACCAUAACAGAGGUUAUAACAGUGAUCAUGAUAACAAAAUAAUAAGCUUACAAAUCUUACUUUUAA